AUGGCAAAGAGAAAGAAAAUGUCUACAAGACAGCGAAUGCUACAAGACAAAAUAAGAAAAAGAGAACAGAGGCAAAAGCCUGCAGGGACUUUGCAAGAUGAUGUUUCAGCUUUGACACCACAACAGUCUGCUGUUCUCUGCGGGACAGUAGAUGGAGCUGAUUCAGCUCCUCCCGGUAAUUUUCCGGGGCUUGGUUCGAUGGGGUUUCCACCUAAAGAGGAAAAACCCCUGGCCAGGGUGCAGGCCUCACCUCGAGUGAAAAUGCAUUCACCUGCCCCGAGGUUGUCACCUCCUCGGGGAAGUCGUCUGUUUGUCCAUGACGAGGGCAAGGCACCGUCCACUGACUCCCCACCGUGGGUUUGUGCUCCACCGAGGGCACCUGGAUCGGACAUAGUGCAUAUGUCUGAUCCAGCAGGACAGGCGCAGCUGGAUACCUCCAGGAUGGAGGAGACCAGUAGAAUAUCAAAAGAUGAGGGAACUUUAACGAAUACUAAACAGGAAUCUAAACGAAUAUACAAUGGAAACUUGAACGAAAAACCUGAUAUUAUAGAAAGUAUAAACAGAGAAACAGAUAUGUUGGAGACUGUAGAUAGUAUGUUGGAUUUCAGAUAUGAUAAAGAGAUCAUGGAAAAUGUCAGAAAGUCAAAUGAUGAAACUGAAGAUAAGGAAGAAAUGAAGGAAACAAAUGUAAGUAAGGAUUUUAGAAAAUGGAGUGAGGAAGGAAGUUGUGAAAGUUUGUACACUGUAUCUGUCCAGGGCUCUUUCCAUCAAGCUGAUCCUAUGUUUGGUGACACUGCAGGAACUCAAUGUGUAGCAAAUUGUUUAUCAGGUUUAGCUUAUCAUGUUCUGAAAAGUGCAAAUAUCUGGCAAACAUCUGAUGUCAACAAAGUUUUAGUGAAUGGCGAUGAACUUUACACAUACUUGCAGAACUGCUCUUCAAUUACAAGUAGAUAUUUGUUAGUGGAAGAGUUACCACGGUAUUUUGAAUGUUUUAGCAACACAUUUGACUUUACAGUGAAGGUCUCGGUACCAAGUUUAAUCAGUCUAUCAGAGGAGGAGCCAUGUUAUGAAGAUUUUAAUGCUUAUCCUCUUUUUGAAGCUCUGCAGAUAGCACUUACCGAUACAAAUGGGUGCUUUGUGUGUUUCGGAGGAAAUACCCUUUUAAUAGGGAAGACUAAUGAUGGGUUUUUCACAUUUGAUUCACAUGCACGAUGCCCUCGUGGAUAUCUUAGUGUUAGAGGAAAGAGUACAAGAAUUUUAUUGACGGAUGUUCAGGAUGUGUACCUGCAUCUUAGAACACUGGCUGUUUCUAUGGGUUUUUCAAAUACUGUUGCAGUUGAAUUAACUGGGGUGUUGUGUUCACUUAAGCAUUUUGACACUGCAGAAGUGUAUGAGGUUAAAGGAUUUGAAAAACAUUUGGAGGGAUUGAAAGAUUCUGGACAAGGUCUCUUGAUAUCAAAUCAGUCAGAAGCUAAAGAAACAGGCUUGAAAGGUUCAGAGCAAGGUGGGUUAUUGUCAGAUCAGUCAGUAAUAUUACAGGGUAAUGAUGUAAUCGUUAUGGGUGAGGAAUUCCAACAACAUGAUUUUAUUCCUUUGUCUGUUGAGAAACAAAGGGAAUUGUGCAAAAAGUUGGGAGUACCAUAUUGUGUUUCUGCACAUGAAUACCAUGCAGGAUCUGUGGAAGACAUGGAUAAACCCAGAAACUGUAAAGAUAUUGAGCAAGAUGGAAAUUGCUUUUUUAGGGCAGUAUCAUUCAGCCUAACAAACUCUCAGAACUAUCAUCAACAUAUUCGUGAGGCCGUUUGUCAACAUCUCCUGAACCAUGAAACAAUGUUUCAACAGUUUAUGAGGUCAGAGGGAUCUAUAAGGUCAUACUUACUUCACUGUAAAAUGUCUGAAAUGGGAAUAUGGGCUACUGAGUUGGAGAUUCUUGCUAUGUCACAUAUGUUGAAUGUAGACAUUUAUACUUAUUCAGAUAUGAAAUGGCUUCAGUUUAGUGUAAAAGGGCCGUACACUGAAUCUUUUGAACAGAAGGAAGCUAUUUAUUUAUUCCACAGACAGCAGAACCAUUAUGAUGUUGUUUUAAGUGUUACAGCAAGGCUAAAUGAAAACGAAUACUUGAAGGAAAAUCGCAAAGAUGCAGUAAGGAAAAGAUACAAGGAAAAUGAAAAGUAUCGAAAGGAAAUGUUGAAGCAGAAGAAAGAUAUGUACUCAAAUUCAGACUUUAAGUUGAAAGCACAGAUAAGGAACAGGGAACGAUAUCAUUCUUCACAUUCAGUGCAGAUGGCAAGUAAAAGUAGAAGUAAAAUGAAGUAUUCUACAGACUUGAAACAUAGAGAAGGAAAGAAAAUAAAGAGUGUUGAGAAAUAUAAGUUGGAUUCAGAGCACAGAGAAAAGGUGAAAGGAAAGAGUAGAGAAAAGUACAAUAAAGACUUUGAACAUCAGGAAAGUGUGAAGAAAGCAAGCAUUGAAAAGUACAAAAAAGACUUUAAACACCAGCAAAGUGUGAAGAAAGCAAGCAUAAAGAAGUACAAGACCGACUUGGAACAUCAGAAGAAUGUGAAGAAAGCAAGCAUAAAGAAGUACAAGACCGACUUGGAACAUCAGAAGAAUGUGAAGAAAGCAAGCAUCAAGAAGUACAAGACAGUCUUGGAACAUCAGCAGAAUGUGAAGAAAGCAAGCAUCAAGAAGUACAAGACAGACUUGGAACAUCAGCAGAAUGUGAAGAAAGCAAGCAUCGAGAAGUACAAGACAGACUUGGAGCAUCAGCAAAGCGUAAAAAGAAGAAGCAGUGAAAAGUACAAAACCAAUUUGGAGCAUAAAAUUAUUGUAAAGCAGAGGAUCUCAAAAAGAUACAAACAAGAUCAACUUUACAGAGUGAAAAGUAAUGCUGCCUUCGUACGUAGAUACAAGACAAAUGAAACCUUUAGAACAAAUGUGCAAGAAAGAACUAAAGGGAGGUAUCAUACUGAAAGAGAAUAUCAGUCUAAAGCGAAGGAAAAUAGUAAGGCUAGUUAUCAAUCAUCUGCUGAAGUUAGAAAGAGGAAAAAAGAGGAAGUUAGACAGAAAAGGAGACUGAAUCAAAUGAACGUGAAACAGGAAGAGGAUAUUGUCAGAUUAUUUAAGGAAAAGGCCAAGGAAGGUCCAAAUUAUGUUUGUACAUGUUGCCACAGGCUUUUCUUUCAAAAUCAGGUUCAAGCCUGUGAACAUCAGAUGUAUCAUAAAAGUGAAUCAGCAAAAACUAUCUCUGAGAUUUGUUUGAUUGAUAAGUAUUUGCAUGAAUGUUCUGAAUCUUGCCCAGAAUCGUGUACUAAAUCAUCAUUAUGGAUUUGCUACACUUGUCAUAGGAAAAUUAUGAGUGGCAAGGCUCCUGCAGAAGCUGCAGCCAACAGCAUGAUUCUGGAGGACAUUCCAUCUGAAUUGACUAAUUUGAACAGUUUGGAACAGCAUUUAAUUGCAAUGCACAUACCAUUUAUGAAGGUAAUGGCUCUACCCCAUGGUGGACAGAAAAAUGUGCAUGGGCCUGUUAUUUGUGUACCUUCAGAUAUGAGAAAAACUGCCAGUUUACCAAUGCAACAGAAUGAGAACUUGUUAUUGCGUGUCAAAUUGAAAAGGAAGUUGAAUUACAAGGGCUACUUUGAGUAUCAGUUUGUAAAUACAAGUCAUGUAAUGUCAGCUUUAUCAUACUUGAAAGAGAAUAAUCAUUGGUAUAAGGAUUUGAAAAUUGAAUCAUCUGUGGAAGAGGAUGUAAUGAUUCAUGAAGAAAUGACGGAAGAAAAAGUUGAGACAAGAGAUACUACAGAAAUCUCAGAGGAAAUGAUUGCAUUUGACACAUGUUUACAGCCAGUAGAUGUUGCCCAGGAAGUUUUAGAUCAUUAUUUUGAUGAUGUAUACAACAUUGCACCAGGCGAAGGGAAAAACCCAAUUCGAAUGUUACAGGAACCUGGCAAUGAAGCUAAAGCAUUUCCAUGUCAUUUUCCAAGUGGUCGUUUCUCAUGGAAUGAAGAAAGGUCAGAAAAACUAACUCUUUCCAGGUAUUUCAAUAAUAGGCUAAUGAAUGCAGAUGACAGAUUCGCAAAGGAUACCAAUUACAUUUUCUUUAGCCAGUACAUGUCCGAACUGAAUCAAGUGAUUGAAAAAACUCAAAUUUCACUUAGGAAAUCUUUAUCAAAAUGGACGAAUGGGAAACCAGUGACAGUAAAUAUGCUACAAGAUCCAAGUUCUCUCUCGGGCUUGCUGAGGAAUGAUGAUGCAAUAAGAUUUAUGCGGCCAAUAAGAGGAACACCGGCUUAUUGGGCAACAGCUCAGAAAGACCUGUUUGCUAUGCUGCGGCAAUUAGGAAUCCCAACUUGGUUUUGCUCGUUCUCUGCAGCAGAGUACAGAUGGAAUGAUGCUAUCACAGCAAUACUGCAACAACAGAACGAUAACAGAAAUCCUGCGGAAAUGGAAUGGUCGGAAAAGAAUGAAAUUCUAAGGUGCAAUCCAGUCACUGUGGCUAGGAUGUUUGAACACAGAUUUCAAAUAUUUCAUAAGGAAGUCAUACUUUCUCCUGCAGAACCAAUAGGGAAGGUAGUCGACUUUUUUCAAAGAGUUGAGUUCCAGCAGAGAGGAUCUCCACACAUGCAUUGUUUAUACUGGAUUGAAAAUGCACCAAAUAUUGAAUCUGAUGGCGAGGAAGUUGUAUGCAACUUUAUUGACAGAUAUGUUACAUGUGCUGUACCAUCUGAAAGUGAUGAUUCUGAAUUGAGAAAAAGUGUUUUAGAUGUACAACAACACAGCAAGAAACAUUCAAAGUCUUGUAAAAAGAAGGGAACGGAAU